GUCGCUAUCGCCUACAGCGGAAUUCCUGAGCGCUCUGGACGAUACAACCUGCUCACUACUGUCCCUUCUACUGUAUCUCUGCCAAUGAACUGGAUCCCGCUUCGCUAACUCUGAGGCAUAUCGAACGUUUGAGGGACGAUAACUCGGCUUGAGAUUACGAGGACAUCCUACGGAUGGGUGCGCGGCGCACCCUAUAGCUGCCGGAGAAAGCCACGAUUCCUGAGGCUCGUAGCAAAAGACAGCGUAUCCGUGAUCUGAUCACUUCAGUCGACAUAAUUCUACGUGUUCAGCCAUAGUUCUACGAUACCAUAUGAUGACCAUUGACCAGCCUGCAUUCUCCCCGGCAGCGACCACGACGCCUGAAGGGGUUCGAGACGCAAGUGCACAGAUAUUACCUCCAGAUACACUAUCGGUCUAACAGUAGGAAGAUCUGCGUGUAUCGCGAGGAUCUGGCCGCACACGCCACCCUGAAGCCGUCAGCGAACUGUCAUAACCUUCAACCAUGGAGCGGGUCAGCCGGAGUUCGUUUGCUGACUGCAAUUCCAUCCUUUCUUUCCUCUCAACCCAUCUCAGCGCUAGUCGCUGCUCUUCACAGUUCUAUUCGCGACUGGUCGCCCCCACUCAACUUGCCAGUCAUUCCCUGUUUCAUACAACAACCUUAUCCCAAAACUACACAACCUGAGCUAGCGGCAAUCACGAUGCGCCUCCAAAUCCUACUCGCCCUAGUCACGCUCUCUGGAUCCCUGGUGCACGCUUUGCCCGUUCCUCUUUCCCCCGGCCUACAGGCCCGCCACUCAGAUAAGAACGAGUCGAAAUCUGGUGCUCAUGCAUGGGAUGCAGAAGACGACGAAGAAUCAGCGCAAUUCAGCACUCGCCGGGCACAUGCGACCUUUGAGGCUACCUCGACGCGUCACUUAACUGUCGCGGAGGAUGAACCGGAACAGACUCAAGGCGUCGCCAAAACCCCCCAUUUCUCCGCUACAACGCUCACGCACCAUACCGAAUAUGUGUACGAGAAAGCAACCGCGGCCUCGAAAGCGCCUCAUAAGGCAUCGGCUUCUCCGAGCGUUCUUGGACUCCCCAAGAUUAUGAGCGCCCCUACACCCACCGCGGUCAAACCUAAAGCUAAAGACGCAGUAGCAUCCGCUCGGACCAGGGUAGGUGCAGCAGCGCUGCAUGUGGAAACCGGCAAGGCGUCUUCGCUGUCCAUCGCGAGUGUGGCGAAUGAAACGCAUGAUGGCGCGUCCGGUGAGCCAGACAUAAAGGAGAAGGCCGAGCGUCUCCCUGCUCAACCCAUCCCACCUUCCGUCCCCGCGAUGUCCUCAUCUGCGGCUGAGGAGACUCCUAGUCCCUCGGCAGCCGCGACGCGCGUCAAGGGCGAGCACGGUCAUAAGAAGGAGAAGGCAGAAGGGUCGUCGAAGAAGGAUAAGGAGAGUCGUGACCUACACAACUCGUCUGUCCCCGGCGUAGACAGUUCCUUGCACCACCCUCGUCAGGAGGCCCCUUCCUCCCCCGAGAGCGGCAACAUCACCGGGUACAUCGACCUUUACGGUGCUGGUAUCAACAGCCGCAUUGGUCUCAUGGCAAGGCUUGGCGUCAUCUCACCCGACAGCAAGCCUCAAUUCGAGUUCGACCCAUCGAGCUGGUCGACACUGACCCUUAGCCUGAUCCAACCCGGUUCUCCGGCUUACACCACCGUCGACACGUCUGGUCUCAAAGAAGACGAAAUGCUGGCGACCGUUAGCUUUUCCGGCGCGGAGCAAGAGCAGCAGGCGCCGGGUCCCGCUCUCUGCGCCGCGUUCGACCCAACCGCCGAGGAUCAAGGACAGCUGGUCUUGGACAAGUGUGACGAGGAGAACGCGCAGCGAAGCCGGAUCUUCGUGUGGCAGCGGAGCACCGACAGGCUGAGGCCGACGUGGUACAAGGGGCAAGACGACGGCCAGAACGACUAUGGAAACUACAAGAAGGUCGGCCCGGACUCGUGGACGGUGGCGGGAUAUCCGGCGGAGGAGGACGAAAGCGAGGGCUCUGCUGCGCAAGACGAGGGCGCAGCGCCGAUGCAGCCGACCUCGGGAAUGAGCGCCACAUUCCCGACUGCGACCCCGACACCCACGGGUAUCGCACUCGAGGCAGCGCCGCCUACGGAGACAGAGCACAUGCUCCCCGCCAUGAUUGAAUCGCUGGCUGUUUAUGCUGCGGAUACCAGCUCGGCCACGUUUUCCCCGGCCGAGACUGCGGAAGCUACGCCUAUUUCUGCCUCAACGGAAUCCUUCUCCCCAAGCUCUUUCAGUUACGCUGUAGCCACUGCUGCUGCGGUUUCCCCAGCCUCGGGUUCGGCGUCGUCAACCAUAGUCAUCGAGGAGGCGCCGAGCGCGACACCCACCGGCGACUCACCCUCGGCAUCGACCCCCACGCCUUCUUCUACGGCUACAGCUCAGGACGCCGAUGGGGCGAUGAUGAUCCCCAUAGCGCUCAAACCGUAUGACUUGCGCUUUAUCAUCGUGGACGAGGACGGUAUGGCCACGGAGCCUGAGAUAUAUCUGGACCCGACGAUGGAAUGAUCGUGCCUGCAGUCGUGUGCUGGACGUGAUAUCGUUAAGGGCUUCUGGAGUAAACCGUAGUCGCUUGCUGUACAGUAGCAUUCAAUGCAAAUCC